AACCGUUUCACGUCACUCUCCGGGCGCCCAGCUUUCCUUCACCACCGCUCCAGAUUGCUCCAGAUACAUCCUAUCCCCGGCGGCCCCCGGCAGUCAUAUCACAAAGACAACAUACGUACGUACUGCCAGGGCCUAUCCCCGGCGGUUCACCCACAACCUUGAUUACAUCGAAUCGGUUCCAGGAGACGAGGAGUUCGGCGGUAAUCAAGGGGGAAGCAAUGGCGGCGGCGGCGGAGGUGAGCAACAGGAGGGUGACCCUGAAGCGGCACGUGACGGGGUUCCCCACGGAGGCCGACAUGGAGGUCGUCGUCGCGCCGGCCGUCGCCGUGCCGCCGGGCUCGAGAUCGGUGAUGCUGAAGAAUCUCUACCUCUCCUGCGACCCGUACAUGCGCAGCCGGAUGUCCAGGCACCUGGAACCCAGCUACGUCCCGGACUUCGUCCCAGGGGAGGUUAUGGCUACAUUUGGCGUCAGCAAGGUGGUGGCAUCAGGGCACCCGGAUUACCAGGAAGGCGAUCUCGUAUGGGGAAUGACCGCGUGUGAAGAGUACACUCUGGUCGCUAAUCCAGAGUCACUUUUCAAGAUCAACCAUCCCGAAUUGCCACUCUCCUACUACACUGGUGUUCUCGGCAUGCCUGGCCUUACUGCAUAUGCUGGGUUUUUUGAGGUUGCCAAGCCUAAGAAGGGUGACUAUGUCUUCGUCUCGGCAGCAUCAGGCGCUGUUGGGCAAAUUGUCGGGCAGCUUGCAAAGAUCACAGGAUGCUAUGUGGUCGGUAGUGCCGGUUCCGAUGAGAAGGUCAACCUACUAAAAACCAAGUUUGGAUUUGACGAUGCCUUCAACUACAAGAAGGAGCAGGACCUCAACGCCGCGCUCAAGAGGUGCUUCCCGGAGGGCAUCGACAUCUACUUCGAGAACGUGGGCGGCGCGAUGCUGGACGCGGUGCUGCUCAACAUGCGGAAUCACGGCCGGAUCGCCGUGUGCGGGCUGAUCUCGCAGUACAACCUGGAGCAACCCGAGGGCGUGCGGAACCUCUUCUGCAUCGUCGCCAAGCGCAUCCGCAUGGAGGGGUUCAUGGUGCCGGAGUACUUUGGCAACUACCGCAAGUUCGAGGAGGAGAUGGCCGGGUACCUCAAGGAAGGGAAGAUCACCUACGUGGAGGAUGUCGCAGAGGGGAUCGAGAGUGUGCCGGCCGCGCUCAUCGGGCUCUUCUACGGGCGCAAUGUCGGAAAGCAGCUCGUGGCUGUCGCGCGGGAAUAAUAUGGCAUUUUGCCAGUAUGCCAGGAUCGAGUACUUACUGAUAAACAAUCAGCGUUCUAAAUUAGAAUGCAGGAUUCAGAUGCAGAUCAGUAAACUACACCAAUUAAUUUGGAACAGGAACAGUGAUGUGUGAACUCGAACAAAAGUACUACUAUAUGGACAUUUUUAUUGACUGUGUU